GGGGUUAUGUUAUCAAUUUUUUGAAAGCUUGWCAUAAUUACACUUAAACAGUGUAUGAAGUUCCAUAAUCUUUACCUGAAGUCUCAGUUUUCAAAAUCUGAAACGCCUCUGCAAUUUUUUUAUCAGUCUUAUCACACAUAAUUUUGAAAACUCGAAUGCCAAAAAACUGAGGUUAUGUUUCUAGCCGCCUGUUUACAACGCAACAAUGUUCGCAUUUCGGCACCAAAGCGCCUCUUUGAAACUUCUAACACGCUCAGUGUCUUCAAAAUGUAAGAUCGAGGAAAUUAUUCGUGUUGAUCAUGCUGGAGAAUUGGGGGCUGAUGUGAUCUACGCUGGUCAAAUGGCAGUAUUAGGGAGCACCUCAAAAGGCCCCAUCAUUAAACACAUGUGGGACCAGGAAAAGGGCCAUAGGGCUAAAUUUGAGGAGCUGAUCCGAAAACAUCGCGUGAGACCCACUGUAAUGACUCCAAUUUGGAAAGUUGCUGGAUUUGCACUAGGAGCAGGGACUGCCUUGUUGGGAGAUAAAGCAGCAAUGGCGUGUACUGUGGCUGUUGAGACGGUUAUUGUGGAUCACUACAAUGAUCAGUUGAGGGAAUUAAUGGAGGAUCCUGAAGCGAAUAAGGAGUUGUUAGAAACUAUAACUAGGUUUAGGGAUGAAGAGCAGGAACAUCAUGAUUGUGGAAUUGAUCAUGGGGCUGAACAAGCACCAUUUUAUAAGGCUUUGACUGAAGCGAUUAAACUGGGAUGCAAGGGGGCGAUUGCUAUUUCGAAAGUUAUUUAAAUAUAUCCAGUUUACUUAUGUAAAUAAAUGUAUGAGACUAGAUUUUUUAAAUAAACAUAUAACUAUUUUAAGUUAA